AUGACAACUCGGAUAUACGCUAUGUACCAGGGUUCCAAAAGGAUACUCAUCCUUCUCCUUGUAGUCUUACUGGCUUGUACGAUUGCCUCCGUGGUCAUGACGGUGAUAGGAAACAUUGGUGUUUCAGGGGUGGAGAAAAUCCUUUCUGGCAACCAUCAGUGUUCUGAAAAUAUGAGCGCCGAGGAGACGCGUCUGAAUGCCGAGAGCACGAUACCCACCACCGUAUGGGAAACCCUUGCAUUGUGUCUUGCAGUCUGUAUUGUUAUCAAACACUUCCGCGAAUUGCAAAAAUCACCGACAGGGGCAAACAUCAAAAACGUUUUCACAUUUUUAAUGAAGGGUCAUAUGCUGUACUUUGUAGCCUUUACUGUUGUGGCUUGCUUCAAUCUCGGCACACUGUCUCCAAAUCUCUCGCCCUCUUCCGUGGGAGUCAGUUUUUAUUACGGUAUCGGCGAAGUUGCCCAGGCCAUGCAGAUAUUUGUGUUGGGGCCCCGUCUUAUCCUUAGCAUUCGAGAAUAUCACGAUCAACACAUGGGCAGAGAACAGAUCGUUCAUGAAGGAGUUUUGUGA